AUGAACUACCAGCAGCAGCUGGCGAACUCGGCAGCCAUCCGGGCCGAAAUCCAGCGCUUCGAGUCGGUGCACCCCAACAUCUACUCCAUCUACGAGCUGCUGGAGCGAGUGGAGGAGCCUGUGCUGCAGAACCAGAUCCGCGAGCAUGUCAUUGCCAUCGAAGAUGCCUUUGUAAACAGCCAGGAAUGGACACUGAGCCGAUCUGUACCGGAGCUGAAAGUGGGGAUCGUGGGUAACCUGGCCAGUGGGAAGUCUGCGCUGGUGCACCGGUACCUGACAGGCACCUACGUCCAGGAGGAGUCACCUGAAGGUGGGAGAUUCAAGAAGGAGAUAGUGGUUGAUGGACAAAGCUACCUGCUGCUGAUCAGAGAUGAAGGAGGCCCUCCAGAGGCACAGUUUGCCAUGUGGGUGGAUGCUGUUAUCUUUGUGUUCAGCUUGGAGGAUGAAGUCAGCUUCCAGACUGUUUACCACUACUACAGCCGCAUGGCCAACUAUCGCAACACUAGUGAAAUCCCCAUGGUCCUGGUGGGCACCCAGGAUGCUAUCAGCUCCACCAACCCCCGUGUCAUCGACGAUGCCAGAGCCAGGAAGUUGUCCAAUGACCUCAAGAGAUGCACUUACUAUGAGACCUGUGCCACCUACGGCCUCAACGUGGAGAGAGUCUUCCAUGAUGUUGCCCAGAAGAUUGUUUCCACCAAGAAGAAACAGCAGCUCUCAAUCGGACCCUGCAAAUCUCUACCCAACUCUCCGAGCCACUCCUCCGUGUGUUCUGCCCAGGUUUCUGCCGUACAUAUCAGCCAGACCAGUAAUGGAGGAGGGAGUUUAAGUGAUUAUUCCUCCUCUGUCCCAUCAACUCCAAGCACCAGCCAGAAGGAGCUGCGGAUUGAUGUUCCUCCCACUGCCAACACACCAACUCCUGUCCGUAAACAGUCCAAGCGCCGAUCCAACCUCUUCACGUCUCGGAAAGGGAGUGACCCAGACAAAGAGAAGAAGGUCCUGGAGAGCAGAACAGACAGCAUUGGAAGCGGCCGCGCAAUCCCAAUUAAACAGGGGAUGCUGCUGAAGCGGAGUGGCAAAUCCCUGAACAAGGAGUGGAAGAAGAAAUACGUGACACUGUGUGACAACGGUGUGCUGACCUACCAUCCCAGUCUGCACGAUUACAUGCAGAACGUUCAUGGGAAAGAGAUUGACUUGCUGAGAACCACAGUGAAGGUCCCUGGGAAGAGGCCACCCCGAGCCACAUCAGCCUGUGCCCCCAUCUCCAGCCCCAAAACCAACGGCCUCUCCAAGGACAUGAGCAGUUUACAUAUCUCGCCAAAUUCAGGGAACGUGACUACUAGCACAUCUGUGUCUCAGAUGGCCAGUGGGAUCAGUCUGGUGUCCUUCAACAGCCGCCCGGACGGUAUGCACCAGCGCUCCUACUCGGUCUCCAGUGCAGAUCAGUGGAGUGAGGCCACAGUCAUUGCCAACUCUGGCAUUAGCAGUGACACGGGCCUGGGAGAUUCAGUGUGUUCCAGCCCCAGCAUAUCCAGCACCACCAGCCCCAAACUGGACCCCCCUCCCUCCCCCCACGCCAACAGAAAGAAGCAUCGCCGGAAGAAAAGCACAAGCAACUUCAAAGCUGAUGGCAUCUCGGGCACAGCUGAAGAACAAGAAGAAAACUUCGAGUUUAUCAUUGUCUCUCUCACGGGCCAGACUUGGCACUUCGAAGCAACCACCUACGAAGAGAGGGAUGCAUGGGUCCAAGCCAUAGAGAGCCAGAUCCUGGCCAGUUUACAGUCCUGUGAGAGCAGCAAGAACAAGUCGCGCCUGACGAGCCAGAACGAGGCCAUGGCCCUGCAGUCCAUCAGGAACAUCAGAGGCAAUUCCCACUGCGUGGACUGCGAGGCACAGAACCCCGACUGGGCCAGCCUCAACCUGGGAGCCCUCAUCUGCAUCGAAUGCUCAGGGAUCCACCGCAACCUCGGCACGCACCUGUCCCGGGUGCGCUCCCUGGACCUGGAUGAUUGGCCCAUCGAGCUCAUCAAGGUCAUGUCAGCCAUUGGCAACGAGCUGGCCAACAGUGUGUGGGAGGAGAACAGCCAAGGCCACGUGAAGCCUUCCUCAGACUCCACCAGGGAAGAAAAAGAGCUCUGGAUACGCGCCAAGUAUGAGCAGAAGCUCUUCCUCGCCCCCCUGCAAUGCCUGGAGCUCUCUCUGGGCCAACAUCUCCUGAGGGCCACGGCCGAGGAGGACCUGCGGACGGUGAUCCUGCUGCUGGCCCACGGCACGCGCGAGGAGGUGAACGAGACGUGCGGGGACGGGGACGGGCGCACCGCCCUGCACCUGGCCUGCCGCAAGGGGAACGUGGUGCUGGUGCAGCUCCUCAUCUGGUACGGCGUGGACGUGAUGGCGCGCGACGCCCACGGCAACACGGCGCUGGCCUACGCCCGCCAGGCCUCCAGCCAGGAGUGCAUCGACGUCCUGCUGCAGUACGGCUGCCCCGACGAGCGCUUCGCCCUCAUGGCCACCCCAAACCUGUCCAGGAAGAACAACAACCGCAACAACGGCGGCGGGAGGAUGCCCACCAUCAUCUGA